AUGUCAGAAACAGAGGGAAACAGUCGAUUUCUCCCCCCUACUGUUUUCGGUAUCACCGACCAUUCUCUCCUUGAGAAAGUGGAGCCAAAUCUUGAUCCACAGCUUACGGAUAAUGCAUGGCCUCGCCUAUGGGCUAUGAUGAAUCCCACUGAAGCGUGGCAUCUCAUCAAGCUGUAUUCGCGCUAUGUCGACCCUUACUUUCCGAUUCUAUCCAGUCAUCAAAUCCCAUCAUCACCAACCGAGUUGAGUAAAAUGCCAUUGGCAUUAUUAUCCGCAAUCUGCGCCACCUCGCUGCAAUUCGUCAUGUAUGACGAUAGUCUCUACACAUUACUUCUAAACCCUCCCUCUGGUGAGCAAAUAUAUCGUCUUUGCUGGCUUUGCGUAUCGCAAGAACUUCACGCACCUUCUCUCGCAACGCUUCAAGCCUGUCUUCUCCUUCAACAGCGACUUCCAACGAACAUGUAUCUCUCAGAUACCGCUUUUGCAUGGUCACUCAUUUCAACCUCCCUGGCCGUUGCUCAAACCGUCGGGCUUCACAGAGAUGCAGGAUCAUGGACCUCUAUUCCGCCCUGGGAGAAAAGGCUUCGGCGUCGACUCUGGUGGGGUCUCUAUGCCAUGGAGAAGUGGGUCGCCCUGGCACGAGGAAUGCCCAGCCACUUGUGUGAUGAUGAUUACGAUGUGUCUAUGCUCAAGCAGGAAGAUAUACAAGAUACAUUGUCGGACUCCCCGGAUACACAGAGUCAUAUACAUCAUUUGGCGACAUUAUCCACGAUACUAUCGGAUAUCCAAAGAUCCUUUUAUUCGGUGAAGGCGAUCGGAAAGACAUCCAAUGACCUCCAAUACUCCUUGGACUUAGCACGGCCAAUGCGCGUGAGGCUUAGAGACUGGCGGGAUAAUUUGCCAAAUAAUCUGAGUCCAACCUCUAAUGCUGUUUCUGGCGAGGACCUCGAUGGGAAUGGAUCACUUUAUCUUUCAUACAUCGUCACGCAUGUGACUCUACUUCGCGCCUUGUUACGACCAUUGGAUCAAUGGCCGGCACUUAUCAAGAUACAUCAAGAGGAGCCGGAUGCUAUCUACGAGGGCGCCAAAGCAGUUGUUAAAGGAGCGUUGUUAUGUGUGAAGGAGUUUGUUGAGUUCGUCGAAAAGCUUACGGGAGCUCAGUGGAAUGCAUUCUGGCAUAGCUGGAGUCGACCUAAUUUUGCCAUUGCUGGUUCCUUUAUGGUGCAUCUUCUACAAAUCGUCUCACCCUCAAACCAGGCGGAGGGUGAAUCAAGGCCCGAGUUUUUGAAAUACUCAUUCGACGCAGAACAUACCGAACUUCAAAACUGGAUUCGGAGAUGGCGGUGGGCAACUCGCAUUUCGGCAAAUGGAGCAGCGGGGGUCAAAGGCUUGACAAAUCUCGCUUUCAUCAAGGUAGAGACUCUAAUGGGGAACGGGACAGUAUAA